GGCUCCUUGAGGAAGGAGAAGGCGCUUCAUGUCUUGGCGUGAGCUCCUUCCCCCCUGGCUGGUGAUCGUGGCGGGACUGACGGGCAUCGUGCUGCUCUGUGUCUCCACCAAAGAUGUGCCCGUGGCCCCUCUCAGGACCAAGUAUGGCAUCGUUCUGGAUGCUGGCCCGUCCCGCACCAUCCUCUUCAUCUACCAGUGGACAGCCACCAAGGCAAACAAGACCGGGGUGAUCAGGGGAUGCAGUUCCUGCCCUGUGCAAGGUCUGGGAGUCUCCAACUACUCAGAUUCUCCUCAGAAAGCAGGGAAGAGCUUGGAGCCAUGUUUGAACUGGGCCCAGAAGGAGAUCCCAGCAGAGCAGCACAGCCAAACCCCACUGUACGUGGGAGCCACCACCAGCACGAGGCACCUGAACCUCACCCAUCCCACCCUCUCUGAUGAUCUCCUUGCAUCCCUGACUGUGGCCCUGAAGUCAUCCCCCUUCAGCUUUCGGGGGGCACAGAUCCUGUCCAGCCCAGAUGAGGAAGCAUUCAACUGGGUUGCUGUGAACUAUGUCCUGGAGAACUUCUUCAAGUACGACUGGCGAGGGCAGCUGGUGCCCUCCGGGAAGGGGAUGGCAGGAGUCCUGUCCGUGGGAGGAACCUCAACACGGCUCACUUCCCAGCUGGAAGAGGAGAACCAGGUCCCAGAGGAAGGGGUGAGGCUGCAGCUGUACGGGCAGAUGCACAGGGUGUACACUCGUCAGUGCCCCUGCCAUGGCACCGACCAGCUCCACAGGAGGCUGCUCUCCCUGCUCAUCCAGGAGCAGAGAAGUGCUAAAACUGUGUCUAAUCCCUGCUGGCCCCUCUCCUACUCGCGGGAAGUGCAGUGGCAGUCAGUGCAUGCUGGGCCUUGUGCUGUCAGUGGUGACACAUGGGACACCCCUGGCCCCACGGAGGUCUUCAACAUCACGGGCUCCAGCAGCCCCACCGCCUGCAUGAGACUUGUGCAAAAGCUGCUCAACUCCUCCUCUUCCUGCAGCUUCUCCAAGCAUUCCCUCAGCAGUGUGCUCCAGCCCCUCCGGACCAGGUUUCUGGUGAUUUCUGAGGCCAUGGACUUCAUGAGAGAAACUGUUCCCUCUCCUGACUUGGGCCAGGCUGUCAAGAGGCUGUGUGGGAUGUCCCUCAAAGAGCUGGUUAGGGAGUCCCAAGCAAGCCAGGAUACACUUGCUGAGUACUGUGCUGUGUCUGCCUUCAUCUUCCAUCUCAGUACAAAGGGGUACACGCUCGACGUUGACCGGCCUGCUUGGACUGCGUUCCAGAAGAAGAUGGGUGACAGAUCAUCUGGCUGGACUCUUGGGUACCUGCUGAGCCUGACCAACACCAUCCCCCAGGACAGCCCAAGCAUCCUCAAGGGGAUUGAACCAGGGGUGUGGUCGCUGCUCCUGAUCCUCUUCGUGGUGCUGCUCACUGGCUCGUUCAUGCGCAUCUCGUACCGGGUGAUGGCCAAGGAGAACACCCUCAGCAACAGAAACAGCAGCGUUUUUGAUGACAACUGACACUUCUGUGGGUCUCAAGACUCUUGCCAGAGCACAGUCAACAGGGUCCAGACAGAAACCACAGAGGUGUAAGGCACUGGAGGCUGGAAGUGAUUUCCCUGCAGGACUCCCAGAACCUUGAUGCCUUAUUUCAACUAGCUGGCACUUGCACUACUGUACUUUGAGACAAUGGAUCCUGCUCCACAGGAAACCUGGGAUUCCCAGUGGAUGGCAAGCUAUUCAUCCUCCAAACAAGAACAGCCUGCACGGCUCUUCCUUGGGCUACAGCUGGGAUUGCUCAUGUCAAGCACGAGGCGAUGCCUCAGCAGGCAGGCCCUGAGCUAUUGUGGAGCUAGUAUUGAAUAAUCCUGUCAAAUCAGGAGAGCUGGUGUCUGACAAAGAGUGCUCUGUCUUCUCCUCAAGAGAUGAUACCUGUAGUAUUGCCACUAGUGAAGACUGGAAGAGCACUAAAAUAUGGUCAGAAUGUAACAGCCAACUUGCUUCCAUGUUCUAGGGAAAAUGCAGGUAUUUCCUGCCUGCCACUGCUGACCUGCCUGUGCUUCCAUUUCAGUGACAGUAUCCAGUGAAUACUCAUUCAAAACCAAUGCUCUUUAAUCUUGGUCUCUACAGAGCAUCAAAGGAGAAACAAAGGGCACAGACACACAGCUGAGUUUUUGUCUCUCAGCUGAAUCAUGGCAACUCAGGGUUAAAACUGCCAAUUUAAACUCUUUAACCAGGACUUCAAUGAACACAUUUAAUUUCACCUCUGCUAAAACUGGGCUCAAACUGGGCUGAGGUUCAUCUGUUUGUUUAUUUGCACUGACCUGCUUGUCUCGCUGACUGUGCAAGUGACUCAUCUGACGUCCUUUAGACCAGAGCAGACCCAGGAACAGAAGCUUUCCUGAUUGUCAGAACACUGACUUUUGUAUUAGACCACGACCAGAGUUACUGCAUAAUCCAAUAGUCAGGAUUCCUCAGGGACUUGGCAGUCAUUCCGGCUCCUCUGGCCUGCUCUGCUUGUCUAAAAGAUGAGGUGCUGUACAAACUCCCUGUGUUACUGUGAAGAGAAGGGAUUGAUUCAGUCAAACACUGUCCUUUGACUGAGGCAUUUAGUUCACUUCUCAGUUGCUUCAGAGACUUAAAACACACAGGCUGAUAAAAGCCUCAGGGACAAGUGUCUCCAAUGCAUUUCAGGCCACUUUAAACAGAAAUGUAAAUGCUCACACAUGCAGUGAUGUGCCUCGCAGGAUUUUUAAAGCUACCAUGGCACCU